AGACUAGCGCAUUAAUCAUUCCGGUCGCAAUCAAGGUUAUCAAGAUCAAGCGGGUGUCUCCACACCCUUCAUCAUCCGCUCACCUCCAUUCCCCUUCUUUUGGUAAGAACAACACCACGCAACUCAACCACAUUCACAUUUAUUAAUUAAAAUGCCACUUGCCUGCUAGACAUUCAGUCUAGCUUGAGAACAUUCUUGUUAUAACCUCCGCAUCCAGCGCAGGAAGUAUCAAUCUUGCUUUCUCAGUUCACGCAGGUUCUCCAAACACACCGAUAACGGAACAAAGAGAUAGCGAGAGCCACGUCUGGUACAUACUUCACCAUCAACAUAACGAUUCAUCAACAAUCUACACAAUACAUAUUCUCCAUAAAUACAUGAGGUCUUAAGUACCUGGUUUUCAGUUCAACGAGUCUGAAGAGUCACCGAAAGGUUGUCUAUCUCCACAGAAUACUCGGGCUCCGUAGCCACAUACUUCUCACUUCCUUCAAACACGCGCGCAACGUCAUUACCCCUUUUCUCCAAUUAGUUCGCAUCGUUAUCCACGAUAAGAACAUAUCUAAAUCGAAUUCAUUCCAACACUUAACAAAAUGAAGUUCCUUCCUUUGCGCGACUUCGACAGUAUCACCAGUGCGUUGAAUUUCAACACACCCGAUUGCCACGUCAUUGGUGGUUGUGAUCUUUAUACAACCAAAGCCGCUGGCUCGGAUAAGAAACUAUACCGCAAUAUUGAGAACUCACUAGAAUCCCAAUAUGAAUCUCUUCUCAAACUAUCGGCUUCGGUAUCACCUCCUCUUGAUCCAAACGAAGCCGGCGUAAACCUCUCUCGUUCAAGUCCUUUUGGACCUUUGAGCCAGGUAUCGAGUCGCAGGACUUUUGCAUAUCUUAUUGCAACACUUAAUGCAAGUCAUCCUGACUACGACUUCUCACAUACUCUUAGACCUGCCGAUUUCCACAAAGAACGAAGCUUGAAGACUGUCAUCAAUACCAUCGAUUCUACCCUCUAUAAUCUUAGACCAAGUUCGGGUAUGACACUUCAUGUCCCAUCGCAGACAUCAUACAAGACGACUUCAUCUGCUGGAGCUACAAGUCAAGCUUGGAGUCCUCAGAUGUGGGCUUUGAUUGAUACGGAGAUGACACUCAAAGACUGUACAGUCUACUCUUGGGCCCCUCCUGAUGAACCAUUUGAUGGUGAAUUGGGAUCUAUUUGGAGCCUCAACUACUUCUUCUUUAACAAAGAAAGAAAAAGAGUCGCGUAUCUGUACGUUCGAGCUGUCCCAGUCAUGAGCCAUAGUCCAAGUCAAGCUCAGGGUAUGAUGAACCAAGAAGCCAACUUCAAUGAUUAUGAUUCCGGCGCAAAUAAACGUGCUAGAUACUGGCUAGGUGACCGUGCUGAUCUUGCGAUUGAUCAAGAUGGAGAUGAUGACACUGAUGUUAACAUGUGGGAUGAGGGUGACCAAGUCGAUCCUGAAGAAGAAUACUACGAUGGCUAUGAUGAAGAAGUCGACGAUGAAUUCGAUGACCAGAAUUACAAGGCUCCUAUACGUGGUGUUAGUGAAGAUAUUGCUGCGUCGAUGGAUAUUGAUUGCUGAACGACUUUUUCUUUGAAGCCUCUCUGCAUUUUCUGGUUUGUCAAGCAAGUUGGCUGGCGUAUUUGUGAAAGUAAUGGUGCAGCGACUUUUCUUUCUAUUCCCUUUUUCUUCUUUUUCUUUCGUGAACAAAAUACCAACCUGUUAAUUUUUCUUAUUUCUGCUUUCUUGUUUGUACUUUUGGGUUUUCGGUGGGCGACCUGUAGGAACUAUGGGGUGGAUGACGUGAUGAACUAUUUGGAAUGGCGUUUGGCUACGGUUCGGUUCGGUGAGAGCGUACUGGGUUGGCUGGCGUUAUACCUAUAGUUUUCUUUCCUUUGGCUAGGUAGCUCAUGGGAUGGAUAUCAAUGGCGUUGCGCAUGCAUGAUGUUUGGAUGGGUGAUCGAUUAUGCGUGUGCGGUAUGCUUUUGCGUAAGCAUGGUAUGAUAUGAUUAAUUCUUCACUAUAAUACUCUAAUAAUGGAGUAAUAUGAAUCAAAGUUUUCUCUGGGAUUUCCGAAUGUGAAGAUUAUUUUUGAAAUGAUCGAGAAUAUAAUACUCGGAACGAACUGGCCUUUGUUGUAUAGGUACUUUUGGAUAUCCUAGUGAAACCUAGCUCUGUAUAUGAUGUGUUGGAGGAAUAGAUCAUAGUAUGACAGUAUA